AUGCCAACUCCUGCUGAAAUUAUUGCUGCUCGUUAUCAACAAAAUAACAAUCAAAAUCAAGCUAUUGAAGAAGAAAUUGAUUAUUCAACUAAUGGUAAUGGUAACAAUUUACCAAACAAAACUUCAAUCAGUGAUGAAAAUGCAUUUCCAACUUUAGGUGGUGGAUCCAAACCCUCACCCGUUCAAUCUUCAUCUACCUGGGGCCCAAAAAUGAAAGCUCCACCUGCUCAAGUUAAAGAAGGAUCUCCAACAUCAAUGCCUGCAUUAAAAUCUAAAAAUGGUUCAAAUGGUUCAAAUUCUUAUAAAUCAAAAGUUUCAACAAUUCAAGAAGCUUUUUCAUUAGAUUUUGAAGAUCAAUUAAAUGUUGCAAAACCUGAAUUUUCCAAAAUUUUAACUUCAAUUCAAUCUGAAACAAAAACAAAAAUUGAAUUUAGUUCAAGCCAACAUACCAAAAAGAGAAUAUUUUUAAUCAGUGGUAGACCAGAAGAAGUUAAAUUGGCAAAAAAAUUAGUUAUCAAGAAAUUAACCAAAUCAGUUAAACUUCAAUUUACAAUUCCAUCAAAAUUAAGAUCAAAAGUUAUUGGUCAAGGUGGUAAAACAUUGAAACCAAUUAUUCAAGCAAAUGAAGUUAAAAUUGAAAUUAGUGAUCAAGUUGAAGACAUUGAAAAUGAUGAAGAUGAAGAAGAAGACGUGGAUGAAGAUAUCUUUUCAAAAGUUGUUAAAGUUACUAUCGAUGGUGAUAUUGAAGGUUCAAAAGCUGCUAAAAAUCAAAUUUUACAAAUUAUAAAAGAAGAAAGUAAGAAUUUAUCAACCAAGAUUAAAAUUGAUGAAAAAGUUAAACCAUUUGUUGAAAAAUCACUUGAAUCAGUGAUUGCAUCACAUCCUGACUUAACUUUUUCAAUACCUGAUUAUAAAUCAAAUAAGAAUAAUUUGAUCGUUAUUGGUGACCGUGAAUUAAUCUUACAAGUUAAACCAGAAAUUAAAAAGAUAUUAAACAAUUUAGAAUCAAAAAUCACAGUUGAAGAAGUCCCAAUUCCAGAAACAAAACAACAAUUUUUACCAAUUGAUGAAGUUUUAGAAACUUUCAAUGUUUUAAUUCAAUUACCAAAAGAUACAGAAUCAAAUGUCAAAUUUAUUGGUGAAUCAAAAAACAUUAAAAAGGCACAAGAUGCUGCUAAAAAAACAACGUUACAAUAUAAAGUUGAAGUUUUAGAUAUGUCAAAAGCUCAUAAAGGUAAUUUGAAUCAUGUUAAGGCUGUUGCUGCAUUAUUAAAUAAAUUAGGAAUCUUUAAACAAAUUAGUGAAGCAAAUGAAGUUGUUAUUAAUCCACCAACUGAAUUUACAAAUGUUACAUCAAUUCCAAUUGAAAUUGUUGCAAAGGCUGGUGAUGAAGAUAAAAUAAAAUUAGCCAAAAAAGCAAUUGUUUCAAAUGUUAAUAAAAUCACCCCUGAUCAAACUAAAACAGUUGAAGAUAUUGAUGAAUUUUUGAUCAAUAAAGUAGAUGAAACUAUUAAAGAAAUUGCUAAACAAGAAAAUGUUGAGUAUGUAAUCAUUGAUGAUGUCAUUACAUUAUUUGGAUCAUCUACUGAAUCACAAGAUGACGCAGAAGACUUUGAAGAAGUUGAAUCAACUACCGAAAAAGAAGCUUCAUUUGAUAAAAUUAACACCGAAUUAGACAAGUUGAGAAAGUUAUCUGAAAAUAUCAUAAAUUCUGUAUUGGAAGUUUCGAAGAAACAACAAAAUUCAAUUGUUUCAAAAUCAUUGAAAUCAAUUAUAUCCUCAGUUGAACCAAACUCAGUCGUUGUUAAAUUAAAUUAUCCAUCUGAUGAUGAAUUAACUAUUCAUGGUUUAAAAUCAGCAGUUGCUAUCAUCAAGAAAAAUAUUGAAUCCGAUUUAUCAGAUUUUGAAGAACAUCCAAAUGGUUUUACUGCUCAAAUUCAAGUUCCAUCACAAGUUGUUCCAAGAUUAAUUGGUAAAAAUGGUGCUAAUUUAAAUCAAUUAAGAGAUGAAUUUAAUGUUAAAAUUGAUGUUCCUGAAGAUAAAGAUAAUAAAAAGGAAGAAAAAGUUGAAGUUACCAUUGUUGGUCUUAAAAGAAAUGUUGAAGAUGCUAAAGCUAAAAUCUUAUCAUUAAGUAAGAAAUGGGCUGAUGAAAUUUUAUCAAGAGUAAGAAUUGAAAAUCAAUAUCAUAGAAGAAUUAUCGGUCCAAAAGGUGUUUACAUUAAUAGAUUACAAGAUAAGUAUAAUGUUAAAAUUAGAUUCCCAUCAGUUAAUGGAGAAUCAAAUGGAUUUUUAGAUGCACCAAAAUCACCAAACGAAAUUACUAUUAAAGGUCCUUCAAAAGGUGUUGCAAAAGCAGAAGAAGAAUUAAAAGAAUUGUACCAAUUUGAAAAAGAAAAUGGUUUUAAACAAACUGUUCAAAUCCCAAUUAAAGCUAUUGCUAGAGUUAUUGGUAAAUCAGGUGAAACUAUAAAUGAUAUUGCUGAUGGUACUGGUGUUGAAUAUAAAUUCAAUAGAGAUAAUGAAAGUGAAGAAGCUAAUGGUUAUAGUGAAGUUGAAUUAACUGGUUCAAAAACAGCAUUAAAAGAAGCCACUACUAAAAUUAAUGCAAUUAUUAAUGAAGUUGAAAAUUUUGUCUCAAGAUCAAUUCAAGUUGAUCCUAAAUAUCAUCGUGAUUUAAUUGGCCCGGGCGGUUCAAUUAUGAAAUCUAUCAUUUCAAAAGCUGGUGGUGAUGAUAUACCAAGAAAUAAAUAUCAAAGAUUGUUAAAUAUACCAAAUCAAGGAUCAGGUUCAAAUGAAAUUACAUCACAAGGUGAUAAAUCAGUUGUUGAUAAAAUUAUUGAAUCUAUUGAAUCAAUUAUUAAAGAAAAAGAAUCAAUGAUUAUCAAUGAAAUUGAAAUUCCAAAAGAUAAACAUAGAUUAAUUAUUGGUCCAAAUGGUUCAAUUCGUCAUGCAUUACAAGAUGAAUUCAAUGUAACUAUAGACAUUCCAAGAGCAAAUGAUGAUUCAAGCAUAGUUAAAAUUAAAGGUUUACCUGAACAAAUCGAUGCAGUUAUAACUAAAAUUCAAGAAUUUACAAAAGAUGAUUGGAAGAAAGUUGUGGAAGUCCCAUCUAAUUAUCAUGGUCUAAUUAGUGAACGCGGUGGUAUUUUUAAAAGAUUUAAAAAUGAAUAUAAUGUUGAAAUUACUCAUGGUAACUUUACAAGACAAGCAAAUAAAUUAUCAAAUAAUUUAAUUCCAAAUCCACCAAAAGAAGCAUACCCAGAAGAAAAUGAAACUAUUAAAUUCACCAUUAUUGAAAAUACUUCUGAUGAAGAUGGUGAAUUAAUUCCAUGGAGAUUAAAAGGUGAAGACUCAGAUGUUGAUAAAGUUUUCUCAUUAAUUGAAGAAAAAUUAAACUUGGCUAAGAAUUCAAAUUAUCAAGGUUGGUUUUACUUAAGCCAACCUUCAAAUUUCUCAAAAAUCAUUGGUCCACAAGGUUCAAGAAUUAAUCAAUUAAGAAAUAAAACAAACACAUUCAUUACAGUUCCUAGAUCAAAUGAUAAAAUCAAUAAUAAUGAAAAUUUCAUUUACUUAAUUGGUAAUGAAGAAAAUUUAAACAAAGCGGAAAAGGAGAUCAAAAAUUUGUUAUAA